AUGGACAAGCCCUGUGAGAAAUGGAGAUGCGACAACGCCUCUACGACGGGUGGUCCAGGAUGGACGCCUACUCCCCGUUCCACCACCAUUCGUUUUACCAAAGCUCAACCUUGCAAGGCACCAGUUCUGAUCCGCCCCCCGGGCCCAAGGCCUCCAGUGGUGAAACAUGACUCAAAAAUCAGCUUGUCCACAGAUCCCGCUACCAAGACAAUCAUGAGGAGAAGAGCUCAAUCUCUUUGUUCACCUACGGAGAGGAGGAGAGUGCCUCGGAGCCAGCAGGUUCGCUUCGUAGACUCACUGGGCCUUGAUUUAGAGGAAGUAAAGGUGUUCAAAAUUAAAGAAAGACCCCUGAUACCCCAACAUGUUAUAUUCAGACUUUUGAUGAGCUCUGAAAGGACGUUUGGGAAAUCUUUGGAGCUGUCCUUGCCUCACUUUAAACCCUGCUUCCCGGAGAACCUGGCAGCUCAGCCCAACUUUCUGGAGCGUGUGCACACACAGGGCGUAUGUCUCGAGCAGAUUGUGUGCUCAGAGCUUGGGAUUGCGGGCACCAUACAAGUACUUAAUUUAGACUAUGAGAAAAAGGUCACAGUUCACUACACUUUUACAAACUGGAGAACAACCACAGAUACAACGGCAUCCUGGGUGUCAAGUGGGGCCAAAGGGGAAUAUGAUGGUCCAGGGACAGACGUCUUCAAAUUUCGUCUACCAGUGCCGCCUUUCAUUUUGCAGCCAGGAGCUUUAUUGGAAUUUGCCAUCUGCUAUUAUGUCAAAGGCUCAAAUUAUUGGGACAACAACAGUGGCUGCAAUUACAAACUGACUUGUCAUAGCUACAAAGUGACUGUUCCAAAAGAAUGUGAGGACAGUAUGCUGCAUUUUACCUAA